AGAUCGCGCGCACAUUGAACUAUAUACUACACUUACUCAUAUGAACCUUCUCUAUAAUAUACUUACACAGUACCAUACACGCCAUCCUACUAUAGACAAACUUGACAAUUAUCAGUCUACUGUCCGAAGCAUGAAAUCGUACAUUAUACUAUAAGUUAAGUUACCACGCUCAGACGUAAUAUAACAAUGUUCGUGAAACUAGUCAUUUUUCUUUCUCUGUACAAUGUUAUUUUUAUUUCGGCAAAGUACACUUGUAAGCUGACCAAUUCGUUGAAGACUGAAAUUCAAUCUUAUAAAGAUAUCGUGGAAAGGAUAAAAAAUGCUGUCGUCGAGAAAAACGCGCCGUUUAGGAAUUUCACGUGGAACGAGCUGGCCAUGUUCGUUGAUAAAUACGGUUCUCGAAUAGCCGGAAGUGAAAAUUUAGAGAAUUCCAUUGAUUUCUUACUGGAUCGAUUGAAAAAUACGUAUGGGAUAAGGAAUGUUCAUGGAGAAGAAGCUGAAGUACCUCAUUGGAUCAGAGGCGAAGAAUCGGCUUAUUUAAUAAAACCGAGGCCGUUGAAAUUAGCCAUACUCGGUCUAGGGGGUAGCGUCGGUACAGACGAACAAGGAAUAACCGCCAGCGUCGUCGUAGUAAAAUCAUUCGACGAAUUGAGAAACACUUCGGACAAGGUACGCGGAAAAAUUGUGGUAUUCAACGAGAAAUACGUAUCGUACGGGGAAACUGUACAAUAUCGUUCGAAUGGCGCAUCCGAAGCUGGUAAAUUAGGUGCGGCUGCAGUGCUGAUACGUUCGAUCGCGCCAUUUUCCAUUUCUAGUCCUCAUACCGGUGCACAAAGUUAUUCGGGACCGAGGAAAAUACCAACAGCUUGUAUCUCCAUCGAAGAUGCGCAACUUUUGCAACGGUUUUACGACAGAGGAAUCCCGAUGCAAAUACAAUUGAAAAUGGGAGCUCGUCAGUUACCAACAGCUAUAUCGCGUAAUAUCGUCUCCGAAAUACCCGGUAGUGAAAAACCAGAUGAAAUUGUCCUGGUGUCUGGCCAUAUCGAUAGCUGGGAUGUGGGACAGGGAGCUAUGGACGAUGGAGGAGGAGCUUUCAUUUCUUGGACCAGUUUACACAUCCUCGAUCAAUUAAAUCUCCAGCCCAAAAGAACCAUAAGAUCUGUGCUAUGGACAGCCGAAGAAGAAGGCUACUGGGGCGCCCGAAGUUACCUGAAAAACCACCUAAAUGAAAUCAAAAAUUUAACCGUCGUAAUGGAAUCGGACGAAGGCACAUUUACUCCUACUGGUUUAGAAUUUUAUGGUUCGGAAAAAGCAGCUUGUAUUCUCGAAGAAAUUCUAAAUUUAUUCGGACCGUUCAACGCUACACUUUUACAACACAGUAGCUAUCCAGUCGGAUCGGAUAUUGGCUUGUGGCAAGAUAAAGGAGUACCUGGGGUCAGUUUGGGCAAUAAAAAUGGCAGAUAUUUUUGGUAUCAUCAUUCCGAAGGCGAUAUGAUGACCGUAGAGAACCCCGCAGAUCUGGAUUUGUGCACAGCUGUUUGGGCAUCGACUGCGUACAUUUUGGCAGAUUUGAGCGUAACGUUACCUAGAAAUAUUCAGAGAUUUCCGAGCCAAUAAAGUGAUCGAUAAAA